AGUUUGUGGGAGUGUAUCAUUAAAUUAGUUCGAAUUAGCGUGAAACUGUUCUGUGAUGUCGAUCAAUGUCUAAAAUAUUUACUGUACACUUACUUCGUUACUUAAUAAAUUGUUUUGAUUGCCUCUUAUUCAAUAAUAGUUUAAGAAUGUGUAUUUAAAAAUAAUAGCAUGGCGGCUGCUAACGACGAGAAAAUACUAGAAGGGUUUCUCUGUCCCAUUUGUAAAGCUGACUUAAAAUCAGCGUCCCAACUAACAAGCCAUUUCGAAAGUUUACACCAGGAAGAACAGGAUGUUCUCAAGUCUCUGAAGGAUAUAUUCGGUAAAGCGAAAAAGAUUAUAUUGAACACUGAUGAUACAGACUUAAAAGAAACAUUCGAUCGUGCGUUAAAGUUUAAUCAACAGGAACAAUUUUAUUCUGAAGAAGAACAAGUUAUAGGUGUGUACCGGAGUUCUACUGACUAUUUUAAAGGUGUGAGGUCAGCGCGACUAGAGAGGUAUGCGACUGAGACCAAUAACUUGUUGAUUAGACUAGAUAAAUUAGUGUGCAAUAUGCCAGAAGAACCACACCAAAGAAAACAACAUGAACAGGAUGUUGUACCGUGGUUGGAUGGGACAUCAGUAAAACUGUGCCCAAGUUGUGCUAAAUCUUUCAGCCUGACCAGAAGAAAACAUCACUGCCGAUUGUGUGGCUCCAUUCUUUGCCACGAUUGUUCUGUCUUCCUGGACUUAAAAAUUGCUAGAGGAAUAGUCGAUCCCUCAGCUCCCCAAGCAUCCACUGAACCAGAUUCUGAUGCAGAAAAGUCACGUCUUAGAUUAUGUGAACACUGUUAUAAUCUAAUCGAGCUACGAAAACAAGUGCAAGACAGUAGAAACGCUAAGACUGUGCUAAUGACGGCGUAUGAGCAGAUGAGAAGUUUGAUGGAGCAGGCAAAGCCAGCAGUAGUCAUGUAUGAAAAAAUGUGUCAAAGUCUUUUUGAUGGUGAGACAACAUACAACCUGUCCGAUGUGAACGCAAUGCGCGGUCGUAUCGGCAAACUAGCGGAGGGCAUCGAUAUACUGAGCAAGCAGAUUGUUAAUUUACCGGCAGAACCCGGAACUAGGCUGGCGAAACUACAGAAUUCUAUUAGGCAAGCAGCUGCGCAUUAUAUAAAGGAGGAUCUAAUAUCACUACGCAAGUUACCAACAGAGGCACAAAUAGAAGAAGUUAGAAGACAAAGAUAUGAGCGCGCAGAGAAACAGAUCCAGAUGGAGCGGCGGCGGAUGGAAAUGGAACGGGCUGAGGAGACUGCCGGGCCGAGUGUUGCCAGGAUGGACCACAAUGACGUAGAUGAGGAUAACCCGCUGAUUGAGCAAAUGAAUAUUAUUAGAGGCUACAUCCAAGAAGCUAGAAAGGAACUAAAAUUUGAAGAGGUCGCGAUAUUAGAAGCGAAUCUAAAAGAUCUGAAGAAAGAAUAUCACUUGCAAAUGCUCUCUAACAAAUCCUAGUCAUUACCAAUGAAAAAUGUUAAUUUAGUAUAUUAUUGCACUUGUUUUAUAUUUAAUGUAAUAUGUUAAAUUAUUAUUGUUAGUUAUUAAAUUUGUACCUAAU